AGUCGCAGGAUGAAAAUAAGAUGAGUUUUUGUUAAAAUACGAUAGAAUAUUGGUGUUCUGUGAUGGCGUUGUUUGUGUGGCAGAUUUUGUUGUGUUUGUUUCCAUGGCUGCUGUUUCUUCUUCUGUCUGUGGUUCUUCGCUGGCCUGUAGUGUGUUCUUGGAUGGAGGUGGCUGUCAGAGCAGCAGGAUGGAGACUCUGGAUGACCAUGUGUCUGAUCCUGCAGCUGCCACUGGACAGGAACCCACAAACUGGGACUAAGGAGGCCAGACCACCUGGGACAGCCUUUAAGACCACAGGUGGACCCCGGUUCAUCUGUAAACCCACCACACUGGCCAGAUACCUGCUGCGAUACUGUGGCUCUCUGGCCCGGUCCAGACUGGCCUCCUGGCCCCGUGGAGACCCUCAUCUGCAGACUCUGUGUAGCCUGAUGUGUGGACCACAUGAAGACACUUUACAGUUCACUAGAGACCACCUGGUGCUGCGAGAUGGGGGGAUUGUAGCCCUGGAUUGGGCUGUGGGGACAAGGCUCGGUGAGGGGGGUGGGAGGAGGAGGUCUGAGGGUCGGGGGGAGAAGGCGCUGGGCUGCUUCAGCUCCACACCUCCUGUGCUCCUUCUCAUCCCUCAGUACUGGGGUGGGAUGUCCAACCACCUGAAGGCCCUGUGCCUCCUGGCCCUGCGGCAGGGGUUCUAUGUGGUGGUCUUUCACCCCCGAGGAACGGCAGGCUGCCCGCUGACCACCACCCGACUGACGGAGUUUGGAGACCCAGCUGAUCUUGAACAGGCGGUGGUUUAUGUCCACAGUCGACACCCUUCCUCUGCACUGGUUGCAGUGAGUGAGGGGUCUGGAUCAGGGAUUCUUCUGUCAUAUUUGGGGGAGAAGGGAUCCAGUUCUUACCUGACAGCCGCUGCAGCCAUCUCACCUGUACUCCUGGGACAGGUGUGGUUUGAAGCUGACAUGCCUCCUAUCUACCGCUGGGGUGCGCUGUUUCAGAGGAAACAGCAGCUCCGCAGAUAUGAGACUUCCUUCAGAUCCAUCCUGGACGUGGACAAGGCCCUCAGCUCUCCAUCCCUCAGAGAAUUUGAAGAGACAUUUUUCUGCGCCCCUCCCUAUGUGGAAGGUGUCUCAGCGUCCUGUCAGGGGUCCCACCUGGCCCCGUCUGUGGCCUGGGCUCUGGGCGAGAGGGCGUACCCGGCCACAGACUGGGACAACUACUGGGACAGGAACGAACCCCUGAGAGACGCAGAUGAGGUGGCGGUCCCGGUGCUCUGCAUCUGCAGCUGGGAUGACCCUCUGCUCCCACCUGCCUCCACCUUGCCCCUCCCCCUCUUCCAGAGCAGUCCUUAUUUUAUGUUGUUGAUGACAGAAAGAGGAGGCCACUGUGGAUUCACUGUAGAAGACCAACAGGAGGACAGGAACUGGAGUCACAUGGUGGUUCUGGACUACUUCAAGGUAGUGGCUGACUUCUUAAAAGUUGAAGAAAGAGAUGGAGGAGCACGGGGGAGUCUGGUAGGAGAGUGUAACCCUCCAAACAACAGGAGCACCACGCUGACUCCACCUCAAAGGAGGAGAGCGGCCAUGUUGAGAAGAGCCCGUCUGCAGACACAAAACCAAAACUGUGUGGAGACAGGCGAGGAGUUCAAAUGGAAAAGGUCUUAUACAGGCUGAGAGGGACUGGUGUGGAGAACAUC